GAUCUCCGUACAUUUUCACCGAACUUUUCUCCUCCAAAAAGCUUUCGAUCCCGAUCUCUCUCUCUCUCUCUCUCUCUCUCUCUCUCUACCGAUCUCGCCAUGGACGAUCUUAAGGCGGCGUUGAAGGAUCACGCGGAUCUCGUCGCCGGGCUCUUCGAGAACCUCUCCGCGGAGCUCCGCAGCGGAUUCGGCCCCGCGGUCGACAACUUCGUGGGGUUCUUCCACGCGAUUGAUUGGAAGGAGCCUUGGUUAAUCGGCCUAUUAGCCUUCCAUGUGCUUUUGCUACUGGCAACUAUCAUCACGAGGAAGCAUGUGAACUUCCAGCUCUUCUUGUCGAUUCUAGCAUUUUCCGGUGUCUAUCUUGCUGAGAGGAUUAAUACUCUUCUGGGAGAGCACUGGAAGAGCUUCGCGAGCCAAAAUUACUUCGACCCGCAAGGCCUUUUCAUUUCAGUGCUCUGGUCCGGCCCGCUUCUUCUCAUAGCCAUACUUAUUGUGGUGAACACUCUCAUCACACUCUGCGUACUCAUCGUAAAAUGGAAAAGAGCAGAACUCAGGCAUCGCGCGCGGCUCGCUCGUGGCAAGCAGGAUUGAUAUAUAUACUUGUGUGCUAUACUUGCAAUCCAAAUUAAACUCAUCAGCUGUGGGGUUUAUUAUCACUCAUCUAGGAAUUUUGAUUCUAGGGCAAAUUUUGAUAUGUUAGGUGGGUCUUUUAUCUGUAAGUCCCAGGCAGCGGCGCAGGGGAUAGGUAACUUCAUAUGAGAUUUGGAUUAACUUUAUUCAUUUCAUGUUGCUUUUUGAGAUUUUGAGAUACUUUGUAAAAUUAUUCGUUUAGUUUUGAUAGAAGAUAGAAUCCAAUACAUUAACUUUACUAAACAAGCGGAAUUUUUUACCGGAAAUUUUCGUGAUUCUUGUCAGAUUUGUUAUCUGAAACA